AUGUGUGUAUUUGCCAUGAACUAUACGAAGAGUGAAUUCGCAACAGGCUCAUGCGGAUCUGGAUGUUCUACCAUUGGUCAAAUGUCCUUUGACAGCUCUUCCCAACUUUUGUACACUUCAGGAGGAUCUCAAGCCAUCCUCAGAGUGAAUGUUCCAAGUGGCUCUUCUCCACAAUCUUACACACUACUCACCACCAACAUUGGAUCCACAACUCCAAGAUUGGUGACCUAUCACAACAAUCUCGUGUACUAUGGGGACGGAAAACGUGUUUACACCUAUGAUCUUUUAUCUUCAACACGUUCGAGUGAUGGCCCCUAUACUAACAAUGUUGCUGGUCUAACACAUGAUGGUACUCAUCUCGUUUAUGGUUUAGCGAGCAAAGGGUUUUACAUGGAUAGUGCUGCCUCACCUUUUGCCUCUUUAUCCCUCGCUGACUCUGACACUAUUAUUCCAAAUCCUAUCAACAAUAGCCAAUAUUUUUAUCAAGAUGGAUCCAGUAUCAAAACAAUUGACUCUACGGGCACUGUUAUUUCCACCAUUUCUGGUGUGAGCCCAAAAUUUAUGGCCUAUUUCAACGGUUUCAUUUAUUUUACAGAAUCGAACGCAAUCAAACGAGUGAACCUCACAGAUAACAGCAUCACGACUCUAAUCUCAAUUAGUGGAACCAGUGGUGGUAUUUAUGUUCAUACGACAGGAGACAUUUAUUUUGGAGAAGGUACAACAAUUUACAAAGCAUCUCCAACUUGUGAUACCAACACCGAGUCAUCAAAUGCACCUUAUUGUGACUGUUUGUCAGGUUAUUAUCGAUCAAGUGACUCUCUUACUUGUGUACCAACAUGUUUUGGAAUCGUGCAAGGAAAUAGUUCAGUGUGUAGUGGCCAUGGAUCAUGUGAUGCAGUGGACACUUGUGCUUGUAAUUCGAAUUGGGGUGGUUUGAAUUGUUCCUUACCAAAAUGUUUUGGUAUUUUACAAAGUAAUUCAAGUGUGUGUAAUGGAAACGGUUCUUGCAAUGCAGUGGAUACUUGUAUUUGUAACUCGAAUUGGGGAGGUUUGAAUUGCUCCUUACCAAAAUGUUUUGGAAUUUUACAAGGUAAUUCAAGUGUGUGUAGUGGUCAUGGAUCAUGUCUUGAUGUUGAUACUUGUGAGUGUACCUCUGGUUGGUAUGGUUUAAACUGCUCAAUUCCAAGUUGUUAUGGUAUUUUACAAAACUCAUCAAGUGUUUGUAAUGGUAAUGGGUCUUGUAAUGCAGUGGAUACUUGUAUUUGUAACUCAAAUUGGGGAGGUUCGAACUGUUCUCUACCAAAAUGUUUUGGUAUUUUACAAAGUAAUCCCUCAGUUUGCAGUGGUCAUGGAUCUUGCAAUGCAGUUGAUACUUGUAUGUGUAACUCGAAUUGGGGAGGUUUGAAUUGUUCUCUACCAAAAUGUUUUGGUAUUUUACAAAGUAAUCCCUCAGUGUGCAGUGGUCAUGGAACCUGUAAUGAUGUUGAUACUUGCGUUUGUAACUCGAAUUGGGGAGGUUCGAACUGUUCUCUACCAAAAUGUUUUGGUAUUUUACAAAGUGAUCCCUCAGUUUGCAAUGGAAAUGGAUCUUGCAAUGCAGUUGAUACUUGUACUUGUAACUCGAAUUGGGGAGGUUUGAAUUGUUCUCUACCAAAAUGUUUUGGUAUUUUACAAAGUAAUCCCUCAGUUUGCAAUGGAAAUGGAACCUGUAGCGCAGUUGAUACUUGUAUUUGUUACUCAAAUUGGGGAGGUUUGAAUUGUUCUCUACCAAAAUGUUUUGGAAUUUUACAAAGCAAUCCAAGUGUGUGCAAUGGAAAUGGAUCUUGCAAUGCAGUGGACACUUGUAUUUGUAACUCAAAUUGGGGUGGUUCUAACUGUUCUCUACCAAAAUGUUUUGGUAUUUUAAAAAGUAAUCCUUCAGUGUGCAGUGGUCAUGGAACCUGUAAUGAUGUUGAUACUUGUAUUUGUAACUCAAAUUGGGGAGGUUUGAAUUGUUCUCUACCAAAAUGUUUUGGUAUUUUACAAAGCAAUUCCUCUGUGUGUAGUGGUCAUGGAUCCUGUAGCGCAGUUGAUACUUGUAUUUGUAACUCGAAUUGGGGAGGAUCCAAUUGUUCCUUACCAAAGUGUUUUGGAAUUUUACAAAGCAAUCCUUCAGUGUGUAGUGGUCAUGGAACCUGUAAUGAUGUUGAUACUUGUAUUUGUAACUCAAAUUGGGGAGGUUUGAAUUGUUCUCUACCAAAAUGUUUUGGUAUUUUACAAAGUAAUCCAAGUGUGUGCAGUGGAAACGGUUCUUGCAAUGCAGUGGACACUUGUAUUUGUAACUCGAAUUGGGGAGGUUCUAACUGUUCUCUACCAAAAUGUUUUGGUAUUUUACAAAGUAAUCCUUCAGUUUGCAGUGGAAACGGUUCUUGCAAUGCAGUGGACACUUGUAUUUGUAACUCGAAUUGGGGAGGAUCCAAUUGUUCCUUACCAAAGUGUUUUGGAAUUUUACAAAGUAAUCCUUCAGUGUGCAGUGGUCAUGGUACCUGUAAUAAUGUUGAUACUUGCGUUUGUAACUCAAAUUGGGGAGGAUCCAAUUGUUCCUUACCAAAAUGUUUUGGUAUUUUACAAAGUAAUUCCUCUGUGUGCAGUGGUCAUGGUACCUGUGAUGCUCCAAAUGUUUGUAAAUGUUCAGACACUACUCAAUGGGGAGGUCAGUUCUGUCAAACUCCAGUUUGUUAUGGUAUUUUAGCCAAUGAAACCUCAACGGUAUGCAGUGGAAGAGGAAGCUGUACAGCACCAGGUACUUGUAGUUGUAAUACUAAUUAUUAUGGAUCAAAAUGUGAAUUAACUACCUGCAAUGGUGUUGCUUCAGACAAUUCAGAUGUUUGUUAUGGACAUGGAGUGUGUUCAUCCUUUAAUAAUUGUACUUGUACAACUGGAUAUGGACCUUCAAACACUUGUCAAUACCCAAUUUGUGGAGGAUUCUUGGCCAAUGACACCAGAGUCUGUAAUAACUCGCGUGGUAUUUGUACUUUACCAGGAAAGUGUUCACCUCUUGAUCCUGUCUGUUAUGGAAAAGCAAACAAUGUCUCUGAUGUUUGCAGUGGAAAUGGUACUUGCAUUGACUGGGAUGAAUGUUAUUGCAACACUAGCUAUUAUGGAAAUGUUUGCCAAUUCUGGAAGUGCAAUGGCAAAAACUUCAAUGACUCGUUGGUGUGUAGUGGACAUGGUACAUGUGCCUCUGUGAACUAUUGCGUCUGCUCCCCUGGAUGGUAUGGCACCAAUUGUGAUGUACCCAUGUGUGUUGGAAAAUUAUCAACAGCUUCUGAUGUUUGUAAUUACAAGAAUGGUACAUGUACAACACCUGGACCAUGUUCAUGUUUCACAGGUUACACUGGUUCAGAUUGUAGUAUACCAAUUUGUUAUGGAACACCUGGAAGUUCAUCUCAAGUGUGUUCUGGAAGAGGUAGUUGUGUCAGUAAGGACAAUUGUAUCUGUGAUCCUGCAAAAUACGAUGGCACCCAAUGUCAAAACUACAAGUGUUAUGGAAUUUCUCAAACAAAUUCAAACGUCUGUAGUGGAAAUGGUACAUGUAUUGGUGUAGAUACUUGUAGUUGUUUUGCAAAUUAUACUGGUUCUAAGUGUGACAUUGUCAUGUGUUCAGGAAAAUCAGCACAAGACUCCUCUGUGUGUAGUGGAAAUGGUCAAUGUAUUGAUGUGAAUAAGUGUCAAUGUAAUAGUGGAUACUAUGGUUCGAAUUGUGAAUAUACCACAUGCAAUGGUAUUGCAUCCGAUAGUACUGAUGUUUGUAAUUAUAAGAAUGGUACUUGUGCUGCCUAUAACAAGUGUGUCUGUAAUUCUCAAUGGACUGGAAAUGAUUGUGAAAUUACCUCUUGUUAUGGAACUUUCUCUAAUGAUAGCUCUGUUUGUAAUGGAAAUGGUAUUUGCCAAUUGCCAGACUCAUGCGCAUGUCGUAAUUCCAGCUUUUAUGGUGGAUCGACAUGUCUUCCAAAAUGUUUUGGUAUUUUAGCAGAUGUUACUGGUGUUUGUAGUGGACAUGGAUCUUGUGAUGCUCCGAAUGUAUGUCGUUGUUCGAGUGGAUACCUUUACUCAGAUUGUUCUCUGUUUUAUGUUCCUGCUUCAGGCAUUACCUUACAAUUCAAUAGCACUACAGCGUAUGUGAAUGAGGCCUCGACAUUACUCACUCUCUCUCUCAGUCAUCCAACUUUUGCAGCCACUUAUAUUGGUAGAACUGUGAGAAUUGCCUUUGAUUUUGAAUUUAAUGGACAAGUGACUUCCAAUCAAACGUAUGAUGUUGUUCCAUCCUCAUCAACAACCAAUGUACAAUUAAUUGCUCCAUCAUACUCCAAUACUGGUUCUCUGAAGGCUUACGUAGUGUUGGUGGAUCGUACCACCUCAGUGACCAUUUCAGAUCGAGUAUCAUCGAGUGCUGUUGCAAUUCAAACUCGACCAAAGCCAAGCGUUGUCACCUCUUCCCCUCGUAAUACCGAUGGAGGAAAUGGCGGAGCUAUUGCAGCUGGUGUCAUUGUUCCUUUGGUUGUGAUUGGAGGUGUUGCUGGUCUCACAGCUACCAUUGUCUCAGUGGUUGUUUUUAUGAAGAAGAAAGCUGCUGCAGCUGCUGCUCAGGAAAUCAGUGCUGCUCAGCAUGUGAAUGUGGAAUUGGCUGAAGGCUUUUAA